GCCUACCGUACGCAGUGGUCGUGGUUAUUUAUGCUUCUCACAUCGUGCAGAGCGACUGAGAUGUCCAUCACAUAGUCCUCCUCCUCCUCCUCCUCUUUGAACCGGGCCGAACGGGAGGGAACGAAAAACCCACCCUCUCCCCAAACCAACCCACAACUAGACAGACAGACUCUCGCGAGUAUCCUCACCAACUCGAAGCUCCCUACCAUCCUCCCAUUGUUACUCGGCGCGCCGUCGGCGACCUCGCCCUGUGUCCCUGUAACGCUGCCACUUCGACCCUGGCCCUCUACACCGUAAGGAACGACGUGUGUUCCUAUCCUACACCGGCCACUCAUCUAGCUGGAUUUAUACGCCUGUUGGGUGUCUUCGACAGCCAUGAGUGCUCCGGUUGUCUUGAUCUCGCCCCCGGCGGCGACCCUCUUCAGGUUUCCGCCGCACGCGGAUCCGCAGACCAUCCCCCCUCCACACUUUGAUCUUCCUUUCACCAUCCCGGACAGCCUGUAUGUUGCCGCGCUGAAUCCCAAGGUCCCGAUCACGAUCGCUGCCGUCUACGCGGUUACCGCAAAGGCGCUCAACGUGUACAACAAGUCCACCGGCAAGAAGCCGUGGGCCAUCAGCAAGACGACGGCCUUCCACGUCUUCGUCGUCCUCCACAACGUCUUCCUCGCCGUCUACUCCGCCUGGACCUGGGUUGGCAUGCUCAAGGCCCUUCGGAAUACGACUGUGAGCCCUUCGGGACCCAAUGGCUGGGCUGGCACCUUGGACAGCUUUUGCAAAAUUCACGGUUCAGCCGGCCUGGAAAACGGGCUCAGUUACAACCCGCACAACGGGGCUUGGGAAGCGUUAUCGGGCAUCCCCUCGUUAGCGGCGGAUGGUUCCCCCAGCCGCGCCGACGCCGGGCGGAUAUGGAACGAGGGACUGGCGUCUUACGGGUGGAUCUUCUACCUCAGCAAGUUCUACGAGGUGUUCGAUACCCUCAUCAUUCUCGCCAAGGGGAAGCUCAGCUCGACGCUGCAGACGUACCACCACGCCGGCGCGAUGAUGGCUAUGUGGGCUGGUAUGCGUUACAUGUCGCCGCCGAUCUGGAUUUUCGUCUUCUUCAACUCGGCCAUCCACGCUCUCAUGUAUACCUACUACACCGUUACCGCGUUCAACGUCCGCGUGCCCACGUUUAUCAAACGCUCGCUCACCUCGCUUCAAAUUUCCCAGUUCGUUAUCGGCGCGUCCUGCGCCAUGAUCCACUCCUUCGUCUCAUACCUCGUCCCGAUUCAAGCCGAGACGGAUCCCGCCGACAUAACCGCAGCCGCCGCUGCUACUCCCAGCAUUACCGGAGUGAUUAAUGGCCUUAGGCAGACAUUAUUCGGCGCGGUUGCAGUGCCGAGCGCGUCUAAUGCGACGCAACAGGCGGCUAGUCACGCUGUACAGUACCGCAAGGUCGACUGCGUCACGACGACGGGUUCUACCUUCGCAAUCUGGCUCAACGUCUUCUAUCUGGCCCCGCUCACGUACCUGUUCGUGUCCUUCUUCAUCGCUAGCUACCUGCGCCGUAGCAAGGCCGAGGUAGUGCGCGCGAAGAGCAACCCCGACCGGCGGCGGAGCAACGUCAUGCUGGCCGAGAAGGCCAGCUGGGAUGCCGCGAGGAGCGUGGAACGCGAAGUCUACGGCGAGAGCAACGAGGGUGCCAUUAUCGAGGAAAGCGACGAGUCGAGCAACGGCGACAGGCUUCACCCGUCCUCCGCCGCCAAGGCGAACGGCGCGAAGCCCAAAGCGAACGGAAGAGCUAAUGGCAAGGCGAACGGGAAGAGGCACUAAAUAUUAGCCGUCAUCGACGCGAACGACUCGCAUCGAUUUCUAGAGCCGGAAAAAAAAACGCAACCUUAGGUACCUUGACGUACUUAAUAAUACAAGCCGCAGCGACCACAAUCCUCGCUGCGGGUAUAAUCGAUGGCGCGCAUCCCACGCCUCCGCGCCGUCGGCGCUGUAUGCGCUGUAUUUAACCGGCCUCAUUUUUUGAGGGCGUUUGGGAGGUUAGAGGAGGGGGCGGGGAAAGGAAACAUCAUCACAUGGAAUAGCAUAAAAACGCGACAUGCGUGUAGAGGCACGACAGUAG